GGUUUUCAUUUUUCAUCGAAGCUUCCUUUCCUUUUUGAUAUUGCUGGAUCAAAGAGCACGUGAAUAAAUAAGAACAAAAUGGAUAAACCAUCAGUUACUGCUCGCGUAAUUAAGAUCUUAGGCCGAACUGGAUCACAAGGACAAUGUACACAAGUUAAAGUUGAAUUUAUGGAUGAAACUAAUCGUCAAAUCAUCCGAAAUGUAAAAGGACCGGUACGAGAAGGUGAUCUCCUAACCUUACUUGAGUCUGAACGUGAAGCCAGAAGAUUAAGAUAAAUAUCAUUCACGUGGAAAAAAAUCAUAAACUGAAGUAUAAAAGGUUAGAGCAAGCAUAACAUCCAACAUGUGAACGCCUAUUUAUCUUCAAUUUUUUCCACGAGAAAUUAAAAAAAAAAAAAAAAAAUGUGGUUAUCAAUUUAUUGUAAAA